UUUCACAUGUCCUCAUGGAGAAGAAGGCCUUUGAGGGAUGGCUGGAGUCAGUCUCCGCCUCCUUCCUCACGCUGACUGACCAGCAGAAGAACCAGUCGCUGGACCACCUGAUCGGUCUGAGCGGCGCGGCCCAGCUGCGGCACCUCUCCAACAGCCUGGAGACGCUGCUGAAGCGUGACUUCCUCAAGCUGCUGCCCCUGGAGCUCACCUUCUACCUGCUGCGCUGGCUUGACCCCAAGACCCUGCUCACCUGCUGCCUGGUGUGCAAGCAGUGGAACAAGGCCAUCAGCGCCUGCACGGAGGUCUGGCAGGGCGCCUGCCGCGACCUGGGCUGGCAGAUCGACGACUCCAUCCAGGACGCCGCACACUGGAAGAGGCUCUACCUGAAGGCCAAGCUGAGGAUGAAGCAGCUGAAAGACCAGGAGGCCUUCGAGACGUCCUCGCUGAUCGGUCACAGUGCCCGAGUCUAUGCCCUCUACUACAGGGACGGCCUCCUCUGUACAGGCUCCGAUGACCUUUCUGCCAAGCUGUGGGACGUCUGCACGGGGCAGUGUAUCUACGGCAUCCAGACACACACCUGCGCUGCCGUCAAGUUCGACGAGCAGAAGCUGGUGACGGGGUCCUUCGACAACACCAUUGCCUGCUGGGAGUGGAGCUCGGGUGCGAAAAUCCAGCACUUCCGUGGCCACACCGGUGCUGUGUUCAGUAUAGACUACAACGAUGAGCUGGACACAUUAGUCAGCGGUUCUGCGGACUUCACUGUGAAGGUGUGGUCCUUGUCCGCAGGGGCAUGUCUGAACACCCUGACGGGACACACGGAGUGGGUCACAAAGGUGGUCUUACAGAAGAGUCAAGUGGAGUCUUUGAUGCAUAGUCCUGGUGACUACAUUUUAUUAAGUGCAGAUAAAUAUGAAAUAAAGGUUUGGCCAAUAGGCAGAGAGAUCAACUGCAAGUGCUUGAAGACCCUGAGCGUGUCGGAGGACCGCAGCGUGUGUCUGCAGCCACGGCUGCAGUUCGACGGCCGCUACAUCGUCUGCAGCUCCGACCUGGGCCUGUACCAGUGGGAUUUCGCCAGCUACCAGAUAAUCAGGGUCAUCAAAACGCAGGACUCGGCCAACCUGUCUCUGCUCAGUUUUGGAGAAGUGUUCGCUCUGUUGUUCGAUAACAAUUACUUGUAUAUCAUGGACCUCAGGACAGAGACCAUAACGGGACGCUGGCCUCUUCCUGCCUACAGGAAGUCCAAAAGAGGGUCUAGCUUCCUGCCGGGUGUCACUUCCUGGCUGAACGGGCUGGACGGACAGAACGACUCUGGGCUAGUGUUUGCCACGAGCAUGCCUGACCAUAGCAUUCAUCUGGUACUUUGGAAGGAGAACGGCUAGAGUCGCAGGCCGUCCCGGGGACUCGGACACGCGAAAGCCGACGGGAGGAAACCGGUGCUGCUUCCUUCAGAUCUGUGGGCCGUUGAAGUUGAGAUAUUGCAUGAACCAAAGUUUUGCAAGCUGCCACACAAACACACACAUACACACAUGCGUGGACACGGACACAGACACACAACAAAAAAAAAAACCACCUGCACAUAAACUUUUAGCUUCUAAUCUAGACUGUGUGAAGGAGUCGAGUGUAGCCAGCCAGCACGUGCGGACUCACCCCGUGCCACACGGGGGCGCUGUCCCCACGUGCUUACUGCAUCAGUGUAAGGAAGAACACCCACCGCAAAGUAAAACACUAACACCUGGUUUCAUUUUUCUGAGGAACCUUAUGUCUGGUCUGUUCGUCGAAGUUGUCGUCAUUCUUGUUCAUGAAAACCAUGUUACAGCAGAGAUGAAGUUAGCCUAUUUGCUGGUGUUUUUUCGAGAACCCCAAAUGAAGGGGUGAGGUAGGUCUCGAGACGGCUGCAGCUGUUGACUGUACAGUGCCAGCACUCUCUACCCGUUCCUCGUAGGCCGUUGCUGGGAGAUGCCACGUCAACACUGCAGCUACAUUUGCUAAAUGACAAUGUACAACCUGUGGCUUCUUGUGCUCAGAAGCCCAUUUUCUGCACUUGGACAUUCUGGGACAGGUUUUUUUUUUUUUUUAAGCUCAACUUUGAACUUAGUAUUCCAUCAUGUGCUUAUGUU